GCUAUUUUUAGUGCAAUUAAGCAGCUAUUUCCAGACCAAGGCGUCACCCUCUUACGACCUGUAAAGUCAUUAUUGUCUCCCAUGAUCUCGUUAAGUUAGCUAAUCAUUUGUACAAAAUGUCAACGACAUCGUUGGAUAAGGAAUUGCAAGAGCGCUUGAGAGAGGCGUCUGCGAUUGGAGACAUCGACGAGGUGCGGAUUUUAGUGGAAAGCGGAGUAAAUGUCAACUCUCAAAACGAAAUAAACGGAUGGACAUGUUUGCAUUGGGCAUGCAAGAGAAACCACAAACCGGUUGUGUCGUACCUGCUGAACUCUGGCGCUGACCAAGAGAUCCUCACUGCUAAAGAUGAGCUGGCUGUCCAGCUGACCUCUAAGCCUGAAAUCAGAAGACUGUUAGGAGUUGAGGAGGAGGAAGUGCCUGAAAUCAAGGAGCCUGAGUUGCCAAUCAUUCCAAACUACCUGUCCAACCCGCCAUUCAUGUACAGUAAGAUGGACAACAAGGCUGAGCUCAUAUUGGCACAGUUGACCCAAAAUGGCAAUGGAGACCACUCAUCAGAUGACCCACACAGUGACUCAGCUUCCCUGUCGCCCACCCACGAGCAACAGCUGCCUCAGCAACCGCAGAGCCUACUCUCUGACACCCCGAGCCCGAGGGAGGGGGCCUUCAUCCCAUUGGCGCAGCAGAACGGAGUGUCGCCUAGCCCCGCCUCGUCUCUCACCAUCAACGGAGGCCUGCCUAUACAUCUCCAUGGAGCCCCACCUGGUCAACCAUGGGAGUACCCACACUCGGUGGCCCAUAAUGGGGCUGUGUGCUCUCCUCCCCUGCCCUCCCCCAGCCCCAGCACCACCAGCAGUAGCAGCCAAGCCCAGGUGGCUAACGCUAACCCAUCUAUGACCCGGCAGCAGUCCCUCCCUCAGCAGCUCAACUGUGGCCAGGGUGCUGGGGGUAACAUGCCUGCCUUCCAGCCUUUCUUCUUUACCAGUACAUUCCCUGUCAAUGUGCAAGAGCUGGUCCUAAAGGUGCGCAUCCAGAACCCCAACGCGCGGGAGAACGACUUCAUCGAGGUGGAGCUGGACAGACAGGAGCUGACCUACCGCUCGCUGCUCCGGGUGUGCUGUCGCGAGCUGGACAUCAGCACCGAACACGUGGAGAAGAUCCGCAAGCUGCCCAACACCAUGCUACGAAAGGACAAAGACGUGGCUCGGCUGCAGGACUUCCAGGAGUUAGAGGUGGUGCUGGAGAAGGCUGAGGGCCUGGCACUCCUCUCUGGGGCGGGAGGCCUCACCGACAGACCCUGCUACAACAUGAAGGCCUCCAGACUCACCUACUAGAGACCAACAGGAUUGACAGACACACAGACAGACCCUGCUACAACAUGAAGGCCUCCAGACUCGCCUACUAGAGACCAACAGGAUUGAUAGACAGACCCUGCUACAACAUGAAGGCCUCCAGACUCACCUACUAGAGACCAACAGGACGGACAGACACGCAGACAGACCCUGCUACAACAUGAAUGCCUCCAGACUCACCUACUAGAGACCAACAGGACGGACAGACACACAGACAGACCCUGCUACAACAUGAAUGCCUCCAGACUCACCUACUAGAGACCAACAGGACGGACAGA